AUGGAGGGGAGGGUGGGCAUUGCGGUGGCAGGUGGCCAUGAAGCCGGCCUCGGCCUGUUCAGAGCAGACGUUUCCAUGGCGGAGCCGCAAGGAGCAGCCAAGGUGGAGUACCGCUCCUCUCCCUCCUCGCCGUCCACCUCCCCGACGCCGUCCCCGCCGCAGGCCGCGGCUGGCCAGGGAGGAGGGUACGCGGCCGCGACGCCGCACGCGUGGAGCUUCGGCGGCGAGCAGGAAAAGCGGAGCGAGGCCAGCGCGGGGGAUAACGGCAACGGCAACGGCAACGGCAUGCAGAUGGCGGGUGACGGCGAGCAGGCGGCCGGCUUGAGCUCCGGGCGGCGCAGGGGCCGGCCACGCGGCUCCGGGAGACGGCAGAUCCUAGCCACCCUAGGGGAAUGGUAUGCGCUCUCAGCUGGAGGGAGCUUCACACCGCAUGUCAUCAUCGUCCCUGCUAGAGAGGAUGUGGCGGCGCGCAUAAUGUCAUUCUCCCAGAGGGGUCCACGCUCGGUCUGCAUCCUCGCUGCCAGUGGGACCAUCUCCAAUGUGGCAUUUAACAAGCCUGGCUCAUCUGGCUCAUCUGAUAGCACCUUCACCUACGAGGGCCUGUUUGAGAUUCUUCAGCUGACUGGCUCCUUUACAAUGGCCGAGGAAGGUGGCCGGAAGAGGACCGGUGGGCUCAGUGUGUCACUUGCUGGCCCCGAUGGUCGUGUCAUCGGCGGAGUAGUCGCCGGUAUGCUGCGUGCUGCCACUCCUAUCCAGGUGAUUGUGGGGAGCUUCCUACCGAACAGUCUGAAGCAGCAUCAGAGGAGGAUGGGCCUGCAGCCGCAACCAUCUGCCAUUCCAGCGCCGCCGGUGGCUGACACCCCUCCUCCGGUGCUCACAGCUGUAAUGCCCAUCUCUCAGGCGGCUCCCGGCAAUGGUCGCCAUGGGCCUCCGGUCCCCAUGGCGCCCCUGCAAGUCCAUGCCAAUGUGGAGCACGCUGCAACCACCGGCCCCAUGAACCUGAACUCAAGCUCCGCCGGCUUCACCAUGGUCGGCUGGCCUGUUGGCGCACAACCCAUGGGUCACAGGCCUUCCCCUGAUAUCAACCUCUGCUUGACUCCCCAGGAGUAG